AUGUCGCUCCUCGUGGAGACUGCGGGCUCUCAAAGGGCCGUUGCGCGGAGUUUCGUGGCGUCGUCAUCGUCAUCGUCUUUUUCGCGGACGUACGCAACGACCGUGCUGCGGCGGAUUGGUGUUUCGUCGUCGUCGUCGGUGUUAUCACAGGCAUCUCCUGCCCCGGGCACACAGCUGAAGAAGCGGCAUUUCAGCGCCAAGUCAAGCCGAAGACGUGAAGCCUUCUCGGCGCAGAGGCAGCAGCGAGCUCCCGUCGUCGACAGGGGUGCGUCCAAAGUGUUUCAGAGCGCGGAUGAUGCCAUUGCCGAUAUUCCAGACGGUACUACCAUUCUGAGUGCGGGCUUUGGGCUCUGUGGCGUUGCAGAAACCCUAAUCGAUGCGAUUCGAAAAAAGGGCAUCCGCGACCUGACCGUCGUGUCCAACAACGCCGGCGCCGGCGAGUACGGGCUCGCCAAGUUGACCUCGACGGGCCAGAUCUCGCGCAUGAUCGUCUCCUUCAUCGGCAACAACAAGUCGCUGGGCAAGCAGUACCACGACGGGCAAGUGGCGAUCGAGCUCUGUCCGCAAGGAACGAUCGCGGAGCGCUUGAGGGCCGCGGGGGCGGGCAUCCCGGCAUUCUUCACGGCGACGGGGGCGCGCACGCUGAUCGAGACGGGUGGGAUCCCGCAUCGUCUGGGCCCCAAGGAUCCUCAGACCGGUAAGCACGCGGUGGUCGAGCCCGGACGGCCGCGUGAGACGCGCGUCUUUGAAGACGGCAGGACGUACAUGAUGGAGACGGCGCUACGGGGCGACGUGGCCAUUGUGAGAGCCUGGAAGGCCGAUGAGGCGGGCAAUUGCAUCUUCCGCACCACGACCAAGGCCUACGGCGUGCUGAUGCCCAAGGCCGCUCGGAUGGCCAUCGUCGAGGCCGAGAACAUCGUCCCCAUCGGCUCGCUCGACCCGGACCACGUCGACCUGCCGGGGAUAUACAUCGACCGCAUCUGUCCCGCCACCUCGCCCAAGCAUAUCGAGAAGCUAGUCCUCGCGCCGGCAGAGCAGGACGCCACGGCGGAAAAGAGCAGCAGCAGCAGCAGCAGCCCCGAGGCGGCGAAGCGCAACCGCAUCGCCCGGCGCGCGGCCAAGGAGCUCCACGACGGAUACUACGUCAACCUGGGCGUUGGGAUCCCGACACUAGCACCCUCCUUCCUCCCUGCCUCGACCAAAGUCUGGCUCCAAUCCGAGAACGGCAUCAUCGGGAUGGGACCGUACCCUUCAUCCCGCGAGGCCGCGGACCCGGACACAGUCAACGCAGGCAAAGAAGCCGUCACCCUCGUCCCCGGCGCCUCGACCUUCGACUCUGCCGAAUCCUUCGGCAUGAUCCGCGGCGGGCACGUCGACGUCUCGAUCCUCGGCGCCCUCCAGGUCUCCGCCAGCGGCGACCUCGCGAAUUACAUCAUCCCCGGCAAAGCGUUCAACGGCAUGGGCGGCGCCAUGGACCUCGUGAGCAACCCGGACAAGACCAAGAUCAUCGUCUGCACGUACCACACCGACAAGGACGGGAGGAGCAAAGUCGUCGACGAGUGCGAUUUGCCCCUCACGGGCAAGGGCGUCGUGAGUAUGAUCAUUACAGAGUUGGCCGUCUUUGAGGUCGAUCGGUUGGGCGGAAAGGGCUUGACGCUGACGGAGACCGCUGAGGGUGUCACUGUGGAUAUGGUUCGGGAGAAGACGAGUGCCAAGUUCACCGUCGCGGAGGAUUUGGGCACGAUGGAGUGA